UGUCAGGUGCCGCUUUAACCAGCGUUUUGCAUGGCAGGCGCGGUUGAACGCGUGUGACUGUUUCCAUAUGCGGUGAGGAGUUUCCCUUGUUCGUGAAACUCUUUCAGGACACGAUUCUCAGCGACCCAACUACCAUGAAGAUCGCUAUUGAAGGCUGCUGUCACGGUCAGCUGGAUGACAUUUACGGCACCAUUGCCUACCUAGAAGAGAAGGAGCAGUGCAAGAUAGAUCUGGUCUUGAUCUGUGGCGAUUUUCAGGCCAUUCGAAACGAAGGUGACCUUCAGUGUAUGGCUGUGCCUCCGAAAUACCGAGCCAUGGGCUCCUUUUGGAAAUACUAUACCGGUCAACUCAAAGCUCCUUAUCCGACAAUUUUUAUCGGCGGUAAUCAUGAAGCGAGUAAUUAUAUGUGGGAAUUAUAUCACGGAGGCUGGGUGUGUGAGAAUAUCUAUUAUCUCGGUAACGCGGGCGUCAUCAAUUAUAAUGGUAUACGUAUUGGUGGAUUAUCAGGUAUAUUUAAAGAAAACGAUUACAACAAAGGUCAUUUCGAGAGCUCUCCUUAUGGCCAAUACGAUAUCAAAAGCGUCUAUCAUGUGAGGCAGUACGACGUAGCGAAACUGGCACAGAUCCGACAACCCAUGGAUGUUUUCUUGUCGCACGAUUGGCCACGAGGCGUGGAACGCUUUGGCGAUCUGAGAUCCUUGGUCCGCAAAAAGCCAUUCUUUGAGCGUGAGAUUCGAGAAAACAGCCUCGGUAGUCGAGCCAAUGAAGAGUUAUUGACUAUUUUACAACCCAAAUGGUGGUUUUCAGCGCAUUUGCACGUCCAUUUUGCUGCUCUUGUGGAUCAUGAAAAGUGGAAAAAGAACGAGUAUUCGGAAUCAGCCGAAUUGGUUCUGUAUGGCAGCAAGCGCCAACAACACCCGGUGCAUAAUCCAGACGAAAUUCUUAUUGAAGACGAGCUGGCUGCCUCGGCUCGCACGGCUGCCGUUCCUAAUCCAGACGAAGUGCCGAUCGAUCUGGAUGACGAUGAUAUCCAGAGCGACUCCCCAGCUGUGAAUGAGAUGAUCGUCACCGACAGCCAUUCUACGCCUGUGUCAGAUCCUCCAAGUCGAACAACACGGUUCUUAAGUCUUGACAAAUGUUUACCGAGACGUCAAUUUUUACAGAUUGUGGAUAUUCCAACCCCGGAGAAUGCAAAGGACGGCUUUUUCUAUGACCUUGAAUGGUUGGCCAUCACACGAGCCAUGCAUCCGUACCUGAGCCUAGCACGGCAGGCAUCGCGUCUUCCUUCCAAGGAAGAUUUAAAGCAGUCGGUCGAACAAGAACUUCUCUACCUCAAUAUGCAGCUGGAUAUGGAUGAAUUAGAUCUUCGUAUUCCGUCAAAUUUCACCGCGUCGUCCCCUGCAUUUGACCCUUCCGUCCCAAAAUCCCCAGAGCAAAUUCACCAACUUGAAUAUCCCUUUAUCAACCCACAAACAGUGGAGUUCUGUAACCUUAUUGGCAUCGAAAACAAGAUCAAUCCCCAUGCGCAACGCUUUGUUGCACCCGCCACUGAUAAUGAGCGGAAAACCUAGCCACUACUGAGACGACAGACCACCCUUCAAAGCGAGUAAAAACAGACGAAGAAGCGAAAGAUUAAAAAGCGCUCUCCCAAAUACAUCAGCCAAUUCGAAAGUGUUCUCUUUUCGUUAUUUACACUCUUCCCUGGUCGUGUGCAUGUGCCAUAUGUGGCUGUUCAUUGGUUCUAGCUCCAAAUUGAUGAAUUAGAUGGUCUUCUGGAUUUAAGCAUCACAAAAUACAUAAUGGAUUCGUAUGACCUAGUUGC